AGAUUAGGUUUGCAUGGGAAAUUUAUUGAAAGAGGACAAUGACUGAGGCCAACAAUUUGGCUGUUCAAAGCCUUCGUCGUUUCCUACAUAUUGGUGGUGACAGCUUGAACUACAAUCCAUGGUUUUUUUGCAAUGAGCCAUCCAUCCAGCAAAUCAAUCAGGAAAAGCUUGCUGAUGCUAUUGAGCAGUGUGCCACAAGUGGAGGCGAGAAAGCUUUGACUGAGGAGUUCAAGAAAAUUUUUGAGAAUGGUUCUAGCCCACAUCCCAUAUGUGUCAUUGUAGCAUUGGCUAAGUCUAUGAAGGCAUCUGACAUCAAAGUUCGUCAGGAGGCAUAUAAACUAGUUCAUCAAGUUUGUAGAACUUCCAAGGAAUUAUUCAUGCUCAUGCAUUGCAGUGAAACCCUCAAUCAGCCAUGCACUGGAUGGGGAAGAGGAUUCAGACGUGCAAUUUGUGAAUGGUAUACAAGUCAUGAGCCUCUAGCUUUAGCCUGUGAGGUGACAAAACACCCAGGAGGAAACUGGACGCACAAGGACAUUCUGAAGCUCAUCCACAUGAAACCUAAAACCACAGAACAAAAGCUGCUGUUCUGUUACGUGAUGCGGGGGUUACCUGAAGCCGAAAAGCAACUGACUGAAGGAGAACCUGAAGAGCUGAAGGACUUGCUCUCAUACCUACAUGAUGUGGAUGCUGUGAAGCAUUGUGUAUCUACUGUAGGAGAAGAGGGGCAUUCUAAGUCAGCAGAAGGAGAAGAAGUUCGGUCACUCCUGGAGAAGUCUAACUUGAGCCUUGAUCAUGUGCCAACCCGAUUCCACAAAUCUCCAGAGAUCUGGGAGGUCUUGAUUCCACGGAUGUUAAUAUUAGAGGCCCUGAAUUGUGUGAAACGCCUGUCCUUGGCUGGUUUGCUCAAGAAAAGUCACCCAUUACUUGUCUCAAAGCUCCAGCAGAAGCUCAGUGAUCCAGAUGGCCUGAAAGAUUCUCCUGUCCACCCUGCAAAGGUGUUUUUGGUGCUGAAGGAAUAUGAGAACCCAUCACUCGUCCAGAAGCUUCUCCAUGACCGAGCACAACGAAGACAUGCUCCAUCAGGAAUGAUCAGACGCCCUCCAAAAGCUCCUCCCAAGCCUAACAAGAAAGUUGUUGAAGCUCUGAAUAACUUGUUGAAGAACUCAUUUCAGGCAUUGCCACGCACAGGAAAAAAGUGGUUAGUUGUGCUGGAGACAACACCAGAGAUGGUUUCAACAAAGUGUCAUGUGAGACCCAUUGUCACUGUUAUUGAGGCAGCUGCUGUCAUUGCAUUGAGUCUUUUGAAGGCAGAGGCAACUGGUGAUGUGAAAAUUCUCAUCCGUGAAGACAAGGCUGGUGGCUCAGCAAAUGUCACUGCAUUUGAUGCUGAGCCCACUUCUACCAUGAAGGCUUUCCUUGCCAAGCUUACUGAUCGUUGCAAAGGUGGAUUGGUGGGGUUCACACAAAGUAUCCAGUGGUCUAUCCACAACAACUUCCCAGCUGAUGCCAUCAUUUUCAUCACGAGGAGGUCAAAUGAAUUUGUUCGAGUCAGUGAAGUUGAGCCCCUGCGGUCCUGCCUCUCUCAGUUCAAGUCCCAUUUCAAAUCUGAGUUGAAGGUUGUAACGUGUGGCUUUUCCAUUUCAAAGACCUCAGUGGCAGCUGAAAGUCCAGGAGUUCUGACACUCUCGGGGUUCAAUGAAACCAUACCUCCAAUCAUCCAUGCUUUUGUCUCUGGUGCUUUCUCAUGAUGUUGUUUCUAAUCAUGAGUCCCAUUCAACAUUGACUUUCAGGAUUUUCCCUUUCCCAAACCUUUGCUCUGUGAGAGCAGUCUGUCAUUCAAGAGUUAUCCCAUGCUCUCUGCUGAGAAACAUUUCAAGAAUUGAACAGUAAUGACAAUUUUGCUAAGAGCAUUUCAGAAGACUGCCCUUCAUGUGACACUUCAUAGCCUCGCUUUUCAUUCCCCAUGUGAAUCUAUUUAUCUGGUUUGUUUUGUUCAUUUUGAGAGGCACUAAUCAUUCCGUUAUAGGAAUCCUAAUAAAAUACCAAAAUUGCAGUGCUAUCAGUACAUAUAUGUAUAUUGCAAAGGUCCAUAUUCCAUGUAGUUUUGGAGGAAAUUUAUUUGUAAAUUUGUGUAAAAUAUUUUGAAAG